GCAUUCAGCCUCCCUUAUAAAGAAGCUUUAUUCCGUGAGCCUCAUCCAAGUGUCAGGUUUUUUUGUAGGACGGCACACAUGACAAGGUGUAUUAGACAAUGCCUUGCCCGUCAAAAAUGCUAGUAAUCCCGACUUCUUCAUGAUGAACUUUGGCUGGCAUAUGCCUCAUCGAUUUGGAGUGUUGUCAUAAGAAUACGCCAGCUCGCACUACCAUGAAAAAGAGCGUUAGAGACGCACGCGCAGCGCGACCGUUGGAUACAAUAGGCUUGCACAGCCCUGCUGAAGUCUUUGCUGCAGCGGUCAAGAGAGCAAUUAUUGAACAUGUAAUCGUCAAGUUCGUCAACGCUGUUGGAGCUCCGACUCCUCCUGCGUUUUGUCGUUGGUUACAAUUUAAAAAAAGGACAGGCGUGGACUGUGGUGCAACGAGCAAUAGUGGGUGUGCGCUUUGCUCUUGUUCCUACUAGAGUCUGUUGCGGGGAGAGAGGAGCUCAUAAUGACCUUUUUACCCGUGUGUGCACCUCGCUCUCACUGACAAGAGCAAAAGAAGACACGGAUGAUGUGUUUUUACUCCCUACCGUUCUCCAUUCUCUCUCGGUUAAAAACAAAGGAUUCAAUAGAAAGAGCGUUGAAAGAUUUUACAUAAAGACAAGGCUUUUUUCUUUCCAGUCAGUUGUUUUCGGCAAGGGUUUGGUCCAUUGUGGCAAACCGAAAAUCAAGAUGAAAUUUCCCACGGAGAACCCAAGAAAACCAGGGAAUCCCAACCCUACGCCAGUGGCGGUCCAGACCAACCUGUUCCCCCCCAAGAAGGUCCAGCCAGGCAUGAUGAGUGCCAGCCUGGUCCAGGCCAGUGUGGCCACCAUGCAGAACCCCAUGGGCUGCACCGUGCCCCGGCUCUCUCCAUCGCGACCUGCCAGCAUGGUGGCCAGCAUGGAGGCAGUGGGCGAGGAUGGCUCGCCCCUUUUCACGGUCAUGAAGUGGAAGACCGUGGUGGCGGUGUUUGUGGUGGUGGUUGCCUAUCUGGUGGGGGGAGGCCUGAUGUUCCGGGCCCUGGAGCAGCCUUUCGAGAGCAACCAGAAGGUGACCAUCACCGCAGAGAAGGCGGCGUUCCUGCAGAAGCACCCCUGUGUCUCACCGGCGGAGCUGGAGGUGCUUAUCAAGCACUCUGUAGAUGCAGUGAAUGCUGGGGUCAGCCCGAUAGGAGACACAUCCUAUAACUCCAGUCACUGGGACCUGGGCAGUGCCUUUUUCUUCGCUGGAACCGUCAUCACAACCAUAGGAUAUGGUAACAUUGCUCCCAGCACUGAGGGCGGGAAGAUUUUCUGUAUCCUAUAUGCAAUAUUUGGCAUCCCUCUGUUUGGGUUCCUGCUAGCCGGUGUGGGGGACCAGCUAGGGACCAUAUUCGUGAAAAGCAUCGCCAAGGUGGAGAAAAUGUUCAGGCAUAAACAGAACCAGAUCAGCCAGACCAAGAUCCGAGUGGCCUCCACAUUGCUCUUCAUCCUGGCGGGUUGUAUCCUCUUUGUCACCAUUCCAGCGGUCAUCUUCAAACACAUAGAAGGCUGGACUGGACUGGAGGCCAUCUACUUUGUUGUCAUCACUCUGACAACUAUCGGAAUAGGAGACUAUGUGGCAGGAGGGGACCGGAGGGUCGUGUAUCGUAAUUGGUAUAGGCCUCUGGUGUGGUUCUGGAUUCUGGUGGGGUUGGCCUAUUUUGCUGCUGUACUGAGCAUGAUUGGUGACUGGCUGAGGGUCCUGUCCAAGAAGACAAAAGAGGAGGUUGGAGAGAUCAAGGCCCACGCGGCCGAGUGGAAGGCCAACGUGCGCGCCGAGUUCCGGGAGACGCGGCGACGCCUGAGUGUGGAGGUCAGCGACAAGCUCCAGCGGACCGCCACCAUCCGCAGCAUGGAGCGCCGCCAGCUGGGCCUGGACCAGUGGGCCGUCUCCACGGACAUGCUCUCCCCGGAACGCCGUGCCGCCUUCAACAGUCUGGACACCAACCCCUACAAGACCUCAUCUCAGGAGAGCAUCGACAUGAAACUCAACAACCUGCGUCUAAGGGGGGCAGAGUGUGAUCCGCGCCGGUCCGAAAGUGUGGCCUCCUCAGACGACAACAUCUUUAAUCGCCUGGGUUCCGUCACCAAGCUGGCCAAGAGAAACAAGAACCGCGAGCUGAAGAAGAAUAUCCCAGAUGAGCUACAAUGCAGGCCCUUUAGUACUCCGCCUAUGGAGAUGGGGAAGAGAAAGGAGGAAGAGGAGGAGGAGGAGGAGGAGGAAGAUGAGGGGUUAGACAAAAAGUUCAACACCAGCAUGUCCGAUCUGCCACUGUUCGUGGAAGUGUGCAAGCCCCAGAAUGGUUUCACAGUACCAUUCAUACCACUACAGACCAAAGAAAAAAAGACUGAGGGGGAAACACUUCAACUUGAAGAAAAGGAGCUGCGUAUCCAGAUGGAUCCUUAAAAAUGUCGGUUGUUCCUCUGAGGUAAAGGAUGUUUUAAAUGUCACCACCAUAUGUGCCUUACAUUUCUGUCACGCCUUUGUGUGCUUGAUAUUGGGGGAACUGUUGUGUCCCUGUGUGCUAUGUAAUGUUAUUCAAUAUUCACUGUGCCCUAAUUAUCUGAAGGAAAGACAUUAACCUCAUACGUUUCUACAAUCACCUGGUAAAAUAUUUUUUAGAUUUGAGGUUCUUGUGGUACAGAACAACCAAAAAGAUGGUUUAUUUGGAGUGAAAGACAAGAUGGCUGCUAUUCAGAAGAGUCGAUAAUAAAGCGAGUAAGAUGCUUUGAUGAGUCUGACUUUUAUGUACGUAGUGGACUUCGACGAGACGGUGCUGCUCCUAAAUACACAUCCGAGGUCAUUUUAGGACAAGAGAACUGAGCUGCUGAGAAUAGAGCAACAAUUGAAUAAGAGCAACAACUGGAGACUCACCUGGAUUUGGUUAUUGUGAAAUGUAUGACUUUGUUCUCAUUCCGUCACGACACAUAAACUCUGAAAAUUUAUGAAAAAAAAUAUAAAAAACAACCACAAUGUUGUCUGUGCAUGGUCCUUGAGCUAAACUGUCUAGAAGGUGUGUGAUUACGCUAUUAAGUUCUUGAACUUUCAUUAACACAAUCUCAGGGCUUGUGGUCCUAAUGUUGUCGUUGAAAUGUUUCUAAAGUAUACUGCAUUCACACUUUGUAGCAUUAGAGGCGCUUUGGUUGCACUUAGAAUUGCUUUUCUGAAGAUGACAGCUUAUGACAAUGGAACGGAAGGUAAGCCAUAAUGCAGGAAGGAAAAUGGCCCCUAAUGGCUUAGACAGGAUACUGUCAAAUUUGGGAGACGGAGGUUUUUUUUGGCGCAAACUUGUAUGAUACAUCGAUACAAUGAUUUGCUUGAAUACAGUGUGUUACUGUUGGCUGACAUCUUUGUUAUACUUGAUUUAAGUGUACCCUGUAACGUUUGUGAAGUACAUUUAUAUGUUCAUGUUACAGAGGAGAGGUGAUGACACUGAGAACGUGCAUGAGUCAAACGUGCACUCUGCGUCUUGACUGUGGUCUACUAAUUGUAUUACAAUAAUGUCAUUACAAACCCUUUAAGGUGCAUGGGUUAAAUAACAAUACCUCUACGCAUCUCUCAAUCUCUCUCACACACUCUCUCUCUCACACACACACACACACACACACACACACACACACACACACACACACACACACACACACACACACACACACACACACACACCAAAAAUGUUAUGUAUGUACACAGUCUUCCCAUUAUUUGUGUUUGCAUUGAUAUGGGCGCAGCAUUAGCCUAGUGUGAAUGCAGCUAUGAACUUUCAAUCUGUGUUUGUUAUAAAGAAACGCUACAAAGAAAUGCAACAUUUAAAGCUUAAAUAAGAUAUAGAACUAAAAAGCAUGGUCUUUUCCAAAUAUAUUAUCAUGCUAUUUAGUAUUAGUUGUAUACCACCACAUGCUUCACAAGACGAUGCUUAGCAUAGCGUUUUGUAACUGCCCAUGUUGAGGUAGAAUGGGCAACACCUGCUCAGUAUUUGGACGUUGUUCACAGUAUUACACUUGUGCCACCAUUACAUUAAAUGUAGUGAGUGCCUUUUGGAAAUAAAUAUCACUGCUACUG